AUGGACCGCGCAAACGGAGCCGGCUCUGGCGCGGUGGCCAGUAGGGCCGAGCGAUUCGAGGAUGAGAAGCGUCGCAUCAUCGAGAGCUGCUUCAGCAAAAAAGACCAAGACGGCUCCAUAAUCGAGACAUACAUCACCCAUAUAAGAAUCACAGAAUACUCGACGCACCCUACGUCACCCCCUCCUCCCCAAGCCCGGACCCCCGAUUCCGAGAAGCCUCGUGUCAUCAUCGUUGCCGUCCGUCAAUCAGGACGGGUGCGCAUGCAUAAAUCUAAAGAAAAUCCCAACGGGACCUUUUCAAUUGGCAAGACCUGGAAUCUCGAUGAUCUCAGCCACAUCGAAUCCUACACCGGGCCUCAGGUUAACCCUAACCUGCGCGAAUGGGGUGGAGAAACUGGUUUUACAGUCACCCUAGGGAAACAAUACUAUUGGCAAGCACAAACAGAUAAGGAAAAGAAAUUCUUUGUCGCGAGCUUGAUUAAGAUCUACAGCAAAUACACGGGUGGGAAGGUUCCCGAGCUGACUGGAUUCGACCCCAGAGAGCAAGACCAAGUCAUUGGGGCGGGUAGACGCCAAGUCAGUGCACCUCCGAGACCAAAUGCGACGACACCUGUUUCUCAAGGACCUCCAGGGCAAGACUCGGCUCUUUCGCCCGGUCUAUCAAUGCCUUCUGGUCUACCCCGCCAAGCGACCCCCGAAUCCUCUAGGUUUCAAAAGGCGCCCUUUCGCCCUCCUCUGAAUGGCGCCAACUCGCCAGCUGGUAGCUUUGAGUCCUCAUUCUCCAAGGAGCGAGCGGACCGACCGCCGCCGCCACGAUGGGCUGCACAAGCCAACAAAAGCCAGGACUCCUUUGCUACAAACAUCUCGGCCUCAGCGCGCAGUGAAGACACCGCUAGUCAGCCCCCUAGGUCGCGCAACGGACCCAACCUUCCCUCCACGCCAGGUAGGUAUGGUGACCCUCGUGAUGUCCCAGAGCAGCCACCCAUCACGCCUCAGGGCUCUGAUGUUCCGCCUCCCGAACGUCGUCGACCCCCUAUGGAUCCCUCGCGCCCGAUGGAUAGGGAUGUUGUGCCCCCGCCGCUAAAUAGUCCGAUCAACAAGAAGGAGCCCGUAUACCCGCCACUUCGCAGUAGUGAUCGAAACUCACCCAUGAAGGGCGCGUUCGGGCGGACUUUGGAGGGCGGGCCCUCACUGGAACCCGCGCAGCCGCCUGGCAUGACAUCUCCGGCAAUGGCGAACAUGAAUAGUGAAGGCGAUCCCAUGUCUCCGCCUGUCGAAGAAGUCGCACAGCCACCACCAGUGCCCGCUGAACCCACAGAAGAAUCGCGACCUGGUCUAGGGCCCAUGAUCAAAUCAAAAAGGUCAAGAGGUGAUAUUGCUGGCGCGUUCUGGAAAGCUGCAAAUGCUGCUUCCGCUGCUUCAGCAUUUAAACCACGCCCUGGUGGUGCAGCAGAGAGAUUGCGAAUGGCGCAGCAGAAGACGACCGAUGGUCCCGAUGGUAUUACUGGCGUUGUGCCAGCGCCACCACGACCAAUUUCGAGAGAUCAACAACCAGACACUCCCGAAACUGAGCCAGCAGCUAUAGCUUCUGCAUCAACCGCCGCAUUCACUGCUGCUACUUCUGCGACCAGUCCUCAGCUCGGUGUGGUCGCUACCUCUCCUCAACCUACUGCCCCCAUGCCACCACCCCAAGAGUCCAACGUACCCCAAGUGACGGUUACUCCCACGCCGCCACCAGUGUUAGAAACUCAGACGCCGAAGCAGGGAGGCGCCAGCGAAAGUGCUCUCAAAAAGGCAGAAGCGGCAGCCAAAGAAAAAGCAGCUCGAGCAGCUGCGGCCAGUCACGACUCGAGGUACCUUCAGGCGCUCGGAGUUGACCCAGCACUUUUAGAUGGGCGAAGUCAAGAAUUUGGUAAAUGGCUCGAUUAUUUUGGUUGGAUCCCUGGCGACAGAAUGCGUUCGCACAAUGUCGAAGAACUGAAAAUCGACAUUGAGAGAGAACUGAACAAGGCGCAGGCUGGCGGUUGGCUUGCGCGAUUCCGCGAGGACGAUGAACGAGUUGACGCCAUCAGAGACGGUGUCAAUUUAGCCAUUGCUGAAUGUGAAGAGCUGGAUAACCUCCUGACUCUAUAUUCCGUGGAACUUUCGACAUUGUCAGACGAUAUCACGUACAUCGAAGCGCAAGGCCAAGGUUUGCAGGUCCAAACUGCAAACCAGAAGCUACUUAAGAAAGAGCUCGAGUCCCUUCUCGAGACCUGCGCCAUCACAAGCAGUGAUCUUGAGGCCCUGCAACUCGCACCGCUCGACAAUUUGCGUGGCCUGGAAGAUGCAGAGGCAUCUCUUGUUGUGCUCUUUAGGGCAAUGGCCAAGAUCGACCCGAAGCGAAAAGUAGGGGGCGAAGGCGGCCGAGUCGAACAAGAAACGAGUCUUGACGCGUGCCUUGAUAGCAAUUACGGCCAGAUGCGCAUCGUACAACAGAAGAAGCAAAUGUAUAUGCAGGAGAGUGGACUUUUCAUGCGCCGUCUUGUCGAAUUUAUGGCAAGGCAAUUUGAAGAAGCAUAUGCGGAAACACAGCGGGCUCUGGAUGGUGCUCUAUCAAAAAAGGCCGAUGCCGGUUAUCACGAUAUUGGAAGAGAACUUCUCUGGAAGUAUAGUCCGUUGAUGCUGUAUGCGAGAGAUGUUGACUCGGAGAACUGGAACCGCGUUCUUCAAAUAUAUCAGGAAAAGAGCCAGCCGCUUUAUAGGUCCGAAUUUCAAAACGUCAUCGCGCACUGGCGUAAGAAUGCAAGGAAGAUGACGGGCGACGAAGCCGGUAUUCUGUUCUCUUCGCAAGCUGAGAAACAACAGGAAGGCGUUGCGACGGCAGCAAGAAAACUGACAGUUAAGAGAAGUCAAACAUUAGCGAGAGCUCUGCGAUCGCCGCUUGCAGAUGGCAGUUCGUCGCGCGCUGUUGAGAAGAGCGCAGGAGAAGGUCGUACUAUGCCAUUUGAAGUAUUUGGUGCUGUCCUAGACGAUCUCCUCCCACUAGUCGAGAUGGAACAAAAUUUCAUCAUCGACUUCUUCCACGCCACAACGCUAGAAUCGCUUGACUUCCCAGACGCGGUGGCGGCAACACCCCCUCACAAUCGCCGGGGUGGUGAUUUGAAGCGCCAUCGGAUUAAGGAACCUAUCCGCGAUGUGGGCCGACGCGUUACUAGUUCCAUGGAAUUCAUCUUUUCAUUCUUGGAAAUUGAUAUUCAACGUCUGGCGGAAUGGGUUCUCGGCCAAUUUCCACUACAAGGUGUCGGCGUCCUGGCACUUCUCGAGAAGAAGAUGUCUGAACUGGGCCCGUCAAACCAGGAUUUUCUAAAUAUGACGCUGCAGAAAGUGCACAGUUCACUCGAAGGCCACUUCAAGAAGUUUGUCGAAGACCAGGUUCAGGCCAUUCGUGAUACCAAGGUCAAGGUGAACAAGCGCAAGGGCGUCAUCUCGAUCAUUCGUAUAUUCCCAACUUUCCUCACUGCAGUUGAGAAUAUGAUUGACGGCUUAGAUCCAAACCUACCGCUACGGCGCAUGAUCGACGGCGCAUAUGACCAAAUAUUGAAAGAGAUGUUCGACUUACUACAGGCCAUUGCCCGCGACAAUACAGCCGGUGGUGCUUCAGGGGCCACUACGACUGAUCCCGAAGGCAAGGAAGCUCUCAACAAGCAUGUCCUCUUAGUUGAGAACAUGAACCAUUUCCUUGAAGAAACGGAUUCGCGGGGCUUGGACGUGCUUGAAACCUGGAAAAACCAGGCAAAUAACGACUAUCAUGAGCACAUGGAACUAUAUCUCGAUUCUGUCAUGCGCCGGCCGCUAGGGAAAUUGCUGGAUCAUCUUGAGAAUAUCGAGGCACAGAUUCAGACGGGCAAGUCGCCUACUGCCAUUGCCAGACAGCCAUCGAACAGCCAGUCCGUCUUUGUCAAGGUGCUCAGCAUGUACGAUGCCAAGGAUCUCCGCAAGGGCAUCGAUGCUCUGCGCAAGCGUGUUGAGAAGCACUUUGGCGACGCCGAUGAGCCUGCACUCAGCCAAGGCCUCGUUACCAAGGUGCUGACCGAGUGCGAGAAUUUUUACGGCAAGGUCGAGACCAGAAUUGGCAACGUAACGACGAACGUUUACGGAGGCGAUGUGCCGUUUGAAUGGCCUAGAGCGGAAGUCAAGGCAGCCUUUCGGGAUAAAUGA